AUGCGGACCCGCAUGUGCUUCGACGAUGUCGCGUUGGAACGGAGUGACGCCAUCCAAGACGCCUGGGUACACGAAUUGUUCAAGGAAGACACUCUGAUGGCGAUAGGUAAAUUUAUCCUGAAACAUCGUAGAGGGGUGCCUAUUGAGCUGUGUGAUCCAAAAGCUGGGGCGUUUAAUGUUUCCUUCAGAAUGAAGUUUGAGGACGGCGGUUCUGCAAUCAUUCGAUUUCCCAAACCCGGUGCUACAAUGUUUCCCAAUGAGAAGGUGCGCAAUGAAGUCGAUAUAAUUAGGUAUAUUCAACAGCAUACGACGAUUCCCGUACCAUUUGUCCUGCACUGGGGUACCAAAGAGGAAAAUCCUCUCGGCCUUGGCCCAUUUAUCAUCAUGGAAUACAUUGACCAUGUAAUGGACCUGAGCGUCGCCCUUAACACCCCUGGAUUUGCGAUCAAGGAUCGUCCGAUUCUCGACCCAUAUGUUGAUGACACCAAGCUUGAACUGCUAUACGGGCAGUUCGCGGAUAUCUUGCUUCAGUUGUCCACGCUACGGCUGCCUAGAAUAGGAUCAUUGGUCCAGAUUGACGAUUUCACUUGGGAGGUAGCGCAAAGACCACUAUCCUAUAAUGCAAACGAACUCGUCCGUCUAGGGACUCUACCACGCUCGAAGUUGCCAAGGGUGAACGAAACUUUUCAAUCAGCGUCAGCCUACUUCAGUACUCUGGCAGAUCUCCACCUCGAGCAUCUCACACACCAACAGAACGAUGCCGUUGAUUCCGCGGAUGACUGUCGACGAAAGUAUAUUGCAAGAUUGUUGUUCCGCAAGCUUGCUAAGGACGGCCGAUUCACGACUUCGUCCACGAACCUCGGUCCAUUUAACAUCUGGUGUGACGAUCUUCGGCCCUCUAACGUCUUGAUCAACGAACAUCUUCAAAUCGUAGGGGUUGUGGACUGGGAAUUCACUUAUGCUGCGCCAGUGAAGUUCUCCCACGCCCCACCGUGGUGGCUGCUUCUUGAGCAGCCAGAGUAUUGGCCGGAUGGUAUGGAAGCGUGGACGAAGCUGUAUGAAUCACGCCUUCAGACGUUCUUGAAAGUGCUACAUGAACAGGAGGACGUGGCCAUAGACCGCGGUAGACUGAACGAUGAACAAAGGCUCUCCGGGCCAAUGCAACAAAGCUGGGAGAGCGGUGACUUUUGGGUCGCCUAUGCAGCGAGGAAGAAUUUCGCGUUCGAUGCUGUAUUCUGGAGAAAGCUUGAUGGACGAUUCUUUGGGCCCGGAAUGAGCACUGAAGACGACCGUUGGAAAGAACGGAUAAAUCUUCUUACCAAAGAUGAAAGAGCAAAUAUGGUGGUGGAGAAGAAACUGGCAGAGAUGGAAACAAGGAUACUAGCCUGGGAGCCUGAUGAGGUGGAUCCGAAGAUCUUGAACUAG